AGUUUCAACUGUAGAUGAAAUCAUUAAGGAGAUUGCUAAAUCAGACAUGCGCAAAAUACUCAGAGAGUAUUGCAGUAAUUGUAAACACUGAUAUCCAACUCAGUUAUCAUGAACACGGUAAGACGCUAUUGUGAUAAACAAUACUCAAUUGAAUCGUGAAGUCAACGAUAUUCAUGUUGUGAUGUGAACAAAUGCUUGUCAUUCACCAAGCUCUGGAGGUCAACAACAUAGUUUCGUUGGCUUAGUGAAACGCAUUAGUAGUGAAAUGCAUAAGAAGUGCUGUCUAGCGUGUGUUAUUUUAACAGUGAAGAAACUAAGAUACAUUUGAAAACAAGAUCCAGGUAUUGAGCUAUGGAGUCUCCGGAUUCUUACGUAGCUUCGUUAGACAUUGGGACUACCACAGUACGAUGCAUUAUUUUAAAUCGUUUGGGUCAAAUUGCUGGAUCUGCUAGUUCCACUGUGAAACUAAUAUACCCUAAACCAGGCUUUGUUGAAAUCAGCCCAAAUCAUCUGUGGGAUCAAAUUCUGAAUGUGAUUAAUGCAGCCGUUUCUGACGCCAAACUAAAUAUAACAAACAUCAAAUGCCUUGGAAUAGCUACUCAAAGAUCAACAUUUUUAACGUGGUGUCGAGAUUCCGGAAAACCGUUCCAUAAUUUCAUCACAUGGAAAGACAUAAGGGCAAAAAAACUAUGUAAACAACUAAAUUCGUCUCUAUAUAUAAAAGCACUCCGAGUGGGAGCUUACGGUAUAUAUUUUGUAACCAGAAGCAGCAGAUUUUUAACUGGAAGUCGACUAAAAAUUUCGUCAAAUCAUGUAACCGGCAGACUACUAUGGGUUCUCCAAAACAUUCCAGAAUUAAAAGCAGCUGUUAGUCAAAAAACUGUUAUGUUUGGAACUAUUGAUACAUGGUUAUUGUACAAAUUUUCUAAAGGAAACCUACAUGUGACUGAUAUUAGCAAUGCAGCUGCGACUGGGUUUUACGAUCCCUUCGUUUCUGAGUGGGGUUCCUGGGCAACUCUUCUCGGAAUACCUGAACAAAUUCUCCCUCAAGUAGUAGAAAAUGAUUUUGAUUUUGGGAACACGGCUGAAGAUAUUUUUGGGGUUUCAAUACCCAUACGGUGUGUGAUGGCCGACCAGUCAUCAUCGAUGUUUGCAUCUUGUUGCUUUGCCACCGAUGACGUUAAAAUUACUUUAGGGACUGGCGCCUUCUUGGACGUUAAUACAUCAACAAAAAUCCAUACAAGUGUUACAGGGAUCUAUCCGUUAGUUGGAUGGAAACUUAAGGGUAGGUCGACAUGCAUAGGAGAGGUACCCUGCAAUGACUGUGGUUCUUUAAUUCAGUGGCUCUUGAAUAUAGGCUUAAUUAACAAUCCUUCCGAGAUUGGCGAUAUGGUUACCAGUAUAGAUGACAGCGACGGAGUUUAUUUUAUACCCGCUUUCAGUGGAUUAGGUCCUCCAAUUAAUGACGAAAAAGCCAGUUCGGGUUUUCUGGGCAUCAAACCAACUACAACCCCCAAUCACAUGGUUCGAUCAGUGUUAGAGGGAAUAAUUUAUCGAAUAGUUCUUGCCUUUCAAACUUUAAAAAACGAAAGAAACAAAGAAUACGAUAAACUUGUUGUUGAUGGAGGCGUGUCCAAAUGUGACUUCGUUUGUCAGAUGCUGGCAGAUUUAACAGGAGCGGUUGUGGAAAGAUUACAAUUCUCAGAGAUGACAGCCCUAGGAGUUGGAUUUUUAGCCGGAUUGUCAUCAGGUAUCUGGAAAGACUACGGUGAACUGAAAACGCUCAAUCAAAUAGAAAAGUCGUUUAAACCAACAAAUAAUUUUGAUGUCAGACAAAAAUAUUCAACGGAUUUUAAGAUAUGGUUAAAUGCUGUAGACAGAUUUAAAAUAUGGUACGAAGAAGACUGAAGACGUAUUUUCACACAAAAUGUUACUACAGAGGUUAGAAACCUCUGAAACAGUUGUUUUAUAAUUCUUCUGUGAUAGUGGCAACUUAGUAAUGUCAAUCAUUGAUACAAAUAUAGAAAAACAAAAUUUUACACUUUUAUAUAAAAAAAUAACACUUAAAUUCUACAUUCCUGCUAUACAUUCUUUUUCAUUCAGUAUUCAUAGAUGCGUUAGAUAUUAGACACAUACACGACAAACGCAUAGGUACGUUAUGUUAAUACAACGUUUACGUUUUAAAUAAAUUACUCUAUUUUUGGUAUCUCUUUAGAAAAAUUAUAUACAUGAGGGUUUAUACUUUAUGGUGAGGAUAAUGUUAACAAAAAUGGUUACAGUUGUUAAUAGAUUUUGUUGUUGUA